AAAGACACUUAAUGUUAUAAAUAAACAUCAAAUGAAUCUGUAAAAAUGUGUCAAUAGAAUUGAUUUCGUUGGAAUGCUUGAUUCUGAUUGGCCAGUCGCGGCAUUUGCAGGUUCGUUAAUCCCAGAGUCAUUGACAGAGAGAGUCCCGUCAACUCCGUUGAGUCCAGUUGAACACUUUUUCACAACAAUCAAACUAAAUACUAUGGCGAAAAUACGAAGUAUGCAAUACUACUCUAUAAGUAUUUAAGAUUACUCUGAGAUUGGCAGAAACCGUGUGUGUUUUUAAGACGAAAGCCAUUUAAUGAAUUAAAAAAUGAAAGAAAUAAAGCAUUUAAAGAAAAAACAUAACUUACUGGAACUAUUCGAAAGCUCCAUGAAUCACGUGACGCUCCAAAUUUUUGGACAUCGGUUGGCAGAAAUCUCUCUCUCAAUGGCUCUGGUUAUUUCCGGAUAACAACCGCUCGGAACUAAUAACACACGGUAACCCUGAUGCAGCAAAUCUUUUGACAGUUUUUUUGUCAAUUUAAAUAUGUAUUUUCAUAAUAUGUAUGACAUAACGUAGUUCUUCUUCUUCUUGCUUGUUGCAAGAUGAAUGCUAUGAUACACUUCUUUGCAAAAGGCGGAAGUUAAGUGACGUCAUUGUGAAGCGGGCCCAUCAGCUGUGUCUUGUUUCGGAAGGCUGCGUCCUCCGGAGGUCUCAUGUGAAGCUUGCUACUUCAUCGAGGAUGUCUCGUUUGAUAGCAUUUUACACUUCAAGUGGACUGACUGCCACCCAUCUCUGUAUAUUGAUUUGGGUGCGAGCAGCGUGUAUGUGUUGGUGGAUUUUGGAUUAAACUGGGUCUUCAUGAAGGUAGCAGAGCACACACUCUCCCCUGGAAGAUGGGCAAUGUGUCAAAAACCGCCCUGUUUGUGUCCACUAUCUCCAGACAGCACGAUGUCUUUAUGGGGUCACUUUAUUCUGUCUUCUGUGUACUGUCACUUUUGGGAAACGGGAUGCUUUUGUUUGUAGCAUACCGUAAGAGAUCAAGUUUAAAGCCGGCAGAGUUCUUCGUUGUGAAUCUUUCGGUGAGCGAUCUGGGGAUGACUCUGUCUCUGUUUCCAUUGGCUAUCCCAUCUGCUCUUGCACACAGGUGGUUAUUUGGCGAGGUAGUUUGCCAGUGCUAUGCUAUGUGUGGGGUUUUAUUUGGCUUAUGUAGCCUGACCAACCUGACUGCUUUGUCGUCAGUAUGCUGCUUUAAAGUGUGCUUCCCAAAUUACGGGAACAAAUUUUCAUCCAACCACGCUUGUGUGAUGGUGGCAGGGGUGUGGUGCUAUGCGUCCUUGUUUGCUGUGGGACCUCUUGCUCGGUGGGGGAGUUUUGGACCAGAACCUUACGGAACCGCCUGCUGCAUAAACUGGUACUAUCCAUCCCACAAUGUCCUUGCCAUGUCUUACAUCAUCAGUCUCUUUAUCUUCUGUUAUGUGCUCCCGUGUACCAUCAUCAUCCUCUCCUACACCUUCAUCCUGCUCACAGUGAGGGGGUCUCGCCAAGCCGUUAAACAACACGUUUCGCCACAAACCAAAGUGACAAAUGCCCACACUCUCAUUGUCAAGCUCUCUGUGGCUGUAUGCAUUGGCUUCUUGACGGCCUGGAGUCCCUACGCAGUGGUGGCCAUGUGGGCGGCCUUCAGUGCCAAUGAGCAAGUCCCACCCACAGCAUUUGCGCUGGCAGCUAUUUUCGCCAAAUCUUCCACCCUUUAUAACCCUAUGGUGUAUCUUCUCUUUAAACCUAACUUUCGAAAAUCACUGAGUCAGGACACUAGAAGCAUCCGCCACAGGAUUUGUUUGAGCCACAGCAAGGCCAGUCCUACAGAACGAACAAAAGGCCGUCAAGGGCAGAGAUCUCAAACGUGUAACAAAAAGGAUGCAAGCAACUCCACACCCUUUUCCAGCAGCCAACCAGAGAGUUAUGGAGCUUGUGUUCACUAUGCAGACGCGCAGCAGCCCUUCCAACAUCCCAGCACCCAGACAGCUGCAUGUUUUCUGGAGGGAACCGUUCAAACUGAAAUAACAAUGACUGAAAAAAUUUACAAUGACCUCCUGUGAGCGAAUCCCUAAAAGUGCCACAGUUUCCCAACAUCCACUCCUUCUCAGAACUAGAAGGUUGUAAUGUACACUGUAAACUCACAUUGCCUUAGCCACAAAAAGAACAAAACCUUAUAUGUGAAUGUUAUUUGUUAAAUAAAGUUAA